GUGGAGCAGGAUAAUCGUCAAUUGACGAAAACUGCUGUGAAAAUGCUGUGUUUUCUUGCUCUGGUUUGCCUAAUUGGGUCCUCCCUUGCCCUUCCAACAAGGUCUAGGGACGAGAUUGACUCGUUCAGGCAAUUCCUGCGAGAUGUCAGGUCCGAGAAGAAUGACUCGACUUUUGAGGAGAAUAUGAGGAAAUACCCGUGGAAUAGCCCAUGGGAGAACAGUGGCAAAUAUCAGGGUGACAUCGUCCUCACUGAGGAGGAUAUUGAAGAUAUGGUUACUGCGUUUUCCGAAGAGGAUUUUACUCCAAAAAAUGGCAUCCAGAACUCAAACCGACUAUGGCCCGGCAGAAAUAUCGUUUUUCAGUUCGCUGGACACACUGCCAAUAACCAGAACCUCAUCCGUGGUGUGAUGACCAUGUACCACGACAGGACUUGCAUCCGAUUCGUCCAGCGCGGAUCCCAGCGCGAUUUCGUCAGGAUUACAGACCAAAGCAACGGGUGCUAUGCCAACGUGGGGUACUAUCAAAACAUGGGUGCUCAUACACACAAUCUCGCUCCCAACGGUUGCCUACAUCGUAGCGUCAUCUUCCACGAGUUUGGCCACAACGCUGGAUUCAACCACAUGCACCAGGCUCGCGUCAGGAACGACUGGGUCAGCAUUAAUCUUCACAACGUACAACCCGGUAUGGAGCACAACUUCAAUUUGUUACCGACUCAAUACUCCAACAUGUUGGGUCUGCCUUACGAAUACGCCAGCAACCAGCACUAUGGCCCAACUGCUUUCAGUCGAAAUGGCCAACCCACUAUUGUAGCUCGUCAAGCUGGCGGAAACCAGAUGGGUCAACUCACCACCAUCACAAACUGGGACUACCAGAGGAUUAACAGACUGUACAACUGCCCCGGUGCUUGGAACACUGAAGUCAACAUGAAGGAUGCCAACACCCUUGUAGAGUUCCCCAGUGACGAGGAGCUGAUGGAGCGUGGUGCUAGAUUUGCGGCUGAGGAAGAGGAAAGGCUUAGGUUGGAAGCUAUGACACCUGAGGAAGUUUAAGCUACAGUUUAAGUUAAAUAAGUUAACAAUUAAGUCAUGCACCGUAUCAUUUAAUGGAUUCUGAUUGAAAUAUAUUUCUCUGUCUAAAUAUACUAAUCUAAUUAAGAGUUAGGACUUUAUUUUGCCAGUGAAAUGUACAUAUGUUAGUUUAAAGAAAAAUACUGUAAAGACAAAACCUUGUAAUACAAAUACGAACAUUAAACUUAUAUUGUGGGAACAUUGUCCAUAACCAUUGCUAAUUGAAACUUUGUGUAUACUUUAUAAUUCCAGGGUCUGUUGGCUUGUUUGAGUCCAUAUAAACUCUUCUUGAGUAAACAAACUUUGUUCUGUCCCUCAAUUUCAAAUCCAGUAGA